AUGUCAAUUACAUACAUAUCUUGCAUCGUAUACAUGAAGCGUGCUAACAUUCCGCACCCGCUUAGUGGACCACCAGGAGUACGAUAUUUAUUGGCUAUUCGGGGCAUCAGUGGCUUCUUUGGCAUCUUCGGAAUAUAUUAUUCAUUGAUCUAUCUUUCUCUCUCGGAUGCUAUCGUUAUUACCUUUCUUGGACCAACAACAACUGCAAUUGCUGGCUACCUUAUCCUUGGAGAGGCUCUCAGUCGAAGAGAAAUCGUAGCCGGUGCUCUUUCUUUCAUGGGAGUGAUUCUCAUAGCAAGACCUCCAUUCUUAUUUGGUCAAUCUGAUCAAGUCGGUGGCGAAAAAGGGACACCAGCUCAACGCCUCAUCGCCGUCGGUGUUGCACUCCUUGGUGUACUGGGGGGGACAGGCGCCUUCAUUUCCAUCCGAGCCGUGGGUAAACGCGCACACCCUCUCCACUCCGUCUCCUUCUUUUCCAUCUACAGCUGCUUGGUCUCAGUGAUCGGCAUGAUCGUCCUACGAGUACCGCUCGUCCUACCACGAAGUCUAACCUUUGUCGGAUUGGUGUUCAGCAUCGGAUUCUUUGGAUUCUUCACGCAACUUUUCUUGACCAUGGGUCUACAGCGAGAGACGGCAGGAAGGGCUUCUCUGGGUAUAUACGUCCAGAUUCUCUUCGCCGUCGCUGCGGAAAGAUGGAUCUUCCAUACGAUUCCACCAGCAUCCAGUAUUGCUGGUAUCGUUAUUAUCAUCUCUUGUGCGACAUUUGUUGCACUCACCAAAAGCUCGAAUACCGAAAAAGAGCAGAAAGCACGUGGCAGCGCCGACGUGGAUCUUUCGACUAUACGACUCGAACGAGGAAGCUUAGAAGGGAGUGACGCUGAACGAGAGGGGCUGGUGUCGAGUUUGAAGGAGGAAUGGCCACAUAAUGACCGACAAGACAUAGAACAUGGUAGACGUGGUUCGGAUUGA